AUGUACACCCCCGCCGCCCUCCUCCUCACCACCCUCCUCCCCCUCCUCAGUCUCCUCACCCCCGCAAUUGCCACCCCCGUCAACGCAGUCUGCACCCAGUGCGACGUCAACCCGCUCGGCAACGCCGACAAGACAUGCGACAUCACCACCAGCUGCGUGCGCACAAACUACCAGGGGCAGUACCACUGUGCCUGCCGUGCCGGGUACAAAUCGUCGGCCCCCAACAAUGAUAGCGAGUCGCACUACCGUGUCAACUUCCCCAACGAGGGAUUCAGGGUUUUCACCAAGCCGGGUGUGGUCUGUGAUACUUUGUGUGAUAAGUACUGGCUUGGGCCCGACUCUUGCCAGGAAGUUCUAGUCAGGCAGGCGUGUCUUUAG